AUGCCUUUAUGUAUAGCAAUCAGCAAUGAUGUGAGAGAUAAUUUCGGAUAUACGCCCUUACAUUGGGCUGCGAUGUACGGUAAUGUUGAAAUUAUCAAACUCUUGUUAGGCAAGACUCCAAAUGUCGACGCUGUUGACAACUUUGAAUCCAAAUUAUCAGAAGUAGCAAGAGAGAGGUUGUCAUUUUUACAACACUAUGGGAAUAUCGUUAAUGAAGUCAAUGGUAAAUCAAAACUAACACCGUUUGAAGAAGCCAUCGACUCAGGAAACUACAUCUUGGUGAAAAAAUUUCUAAACCAAAUAGACGACCUAAAUAAAAUCAAUGACCAUGGUCACACCAUUCUGCAUAGAGCUGUAAUAAAAAGACAUAGAUUAACAGUUGAGUUUCUUUUGGAAAAGAGUGUGAAACUGGAUACUCUAGACAAGUGUAAUAGUUCAGUUUUGCAUUGGGCUGCGAUGAUCGGUGACGCUGAAAUCGUUCAAAUAUUAAUAAAAUGGAAUGUCGAAGUUAAUGUUAUCGAUAAUUUUGGAGAUAGUUCUUUAGCAGUAGCAGCGAUGAACGCCCAUCUUGAAGUACUUUCGCUACUAUUAAAAGAAGGUGGUGAGGCUAACAUUGUGGACAAAUGUGGAAACUCUCCUUUGGACUGGGCAUGUAAGAAAGAUUAUAUACAGUGUGUAGAGGUUCUUUUAGAAAAUGGCGCUGUUGCUAAAAGUUUACAAGAGGAAGAUCUCUUGGAUUUGGCAAAAGAACAGCGGACAUUUUUGAAAAGAGCAGCACUGUAUUGA